AUUCAACAAUCAAAUAAUAAAGGAGAGAGAGCGAGAAAUUUAAGUUACGCCGCCGCGCCCCUUGCAAAAGUGGAACGGGCUAAGGAACGGCAGCAUAAAAUUGAAGCAGACGAGCGAAAGCCAAAGGACUGUAGUGGAAAAUAGCGACAACAAAAGCGCGGAUUUGUAUAGCAAAUUGCAACCGGAAAAGGAGACCCACAAGCUCGCUGCUACCCUCUCUCUAUCGCUCGCUCGCUCGCUCUGACUGCAGCAGCAGCAUCAGCAGCCGCAGCAACAGCAUCCAAAGCCGACAGCAGAUACUGGAAAAUCGGGAAACAUGGGAAACUCCCAGAACCGUGCCACAACUGGCGAUGAAAAGUCACCGCCGCCAGGUGGCAGUCUAGUGCGCCUGGGAAUCGGCGGCGGCGGCGGCGCUACAUCGCCCCUGGUCCUGGGUGGCAGCUUGGUGGAGCAUCGCAGUCGAGUGCGGGUGCUCGGUCGCCUGGUGGGACAGAAACGCAUUCGGGAGGCAUUCCUGCACCCAAAAACGAGUUCCACAACGGGCGGAGCAGCUGCAGGAGAAGCUGUUGCCAGCAGCGCCAAUGGCGAGGGAGUCGUCUCGGUGGUUGGGGAUUGGACCACAGCAGCAGCGGCAGCGGCAGCAGCAGUCGAGCAUGGACAAUUGGAUGCCAGCGCAGAACAAAUAGAUUUUCGAGCAUCAGCAUCAGCAGUGGCAUCAGCAGCUCAAACAGCAGGCUCCGGCUCUGGCACUGGCUCUGGCUCCUCCUGCGUUACACCAGCAGCAGCAGCAGCAACACCAUCGUCGUUGUCGUUAUCCUCACUGGAAACGCAAUCAACUGUUAUAAUUUCGUUUAAAUCAUCUCAAACACCUGUGCAGUCUCAAACGACGACGACGUCUACGAUUCAGACCCCAACUCCAACACCAACAACAACGACGACUGCUACUUCAAUACCGUCUGACAAUGUGGAGGAUGAGAUGGCAGAGCUGGCAUUGCCACCGCUACCGCCGCCCCCUGGUUUUGGUACGCCCACAACGCCGAUGCUCACGAGCAAUGUGCUUAAGAAGGUCGCCAGCUUUACGGUCGAGAAGUCCGCGGCGGGCAAUAGCUCCGCCAAUACGCUGCCAUUGAUGGAGGAGACAACGCUCCUGGCCACGCCGACAUCGUCGCUGUUGGCAACCCUGCCAGAGUUGGCAGGUGCCGCCGUCACAGGGGCUGGCGGUGGCGGCACUGGUUCGCGUCGCGGCUCAUCUUAUGUACCGGAAAAGUUAAGCUUCGCUGCAUAUGAAAAGUUCGAAGGUCAAAUGCUGAUGAAAUGGCUGAUAUCCACACUGCAGGGCAACCCCAAGACGACGGCAUCCAUGGAGCUGCAGGAACAAUUCAAUGUGAUGGCCCUGCAAUUUUGCAAUAAUCUCAAAUAUGUUGGCGUCCUUAAGCAAAUCUCCAACGAGCAGCAGCAGCAGCAGCAGGAUGCCGGCACUGGCACCUCCUCCACGGCGACGGGAUUCAGUCCCUAUGAGAUGUACCAGUGGACACACACGGAGCAGCCGACAACAUCGCUGCCCCUCACACCGGGCAAACUGGAUAAGGUGGCCGCUUGGCCCUUCUCAAGCACACCGGCGGGCAUCCGUACCUUGGAGGCAUCUUCGCUGGCCACAGCGACAACGGCCACAGCAGCGGUAGGAGCUGCUGCCACGGCAGGUGCUGCAGCUGCAGCUGCAUCAGCGGCGGCGGCGGCGGCCACACCCACGCCCAGCGACAGCCAAAAGACACUGCAGCAGAUCCUCAAGAAGCGACUCCUCAACUGCGCCACGCUGGCCGAGGUGCAUGCGGUGGUCAAUGAGCUGCUGAGCAGCGUGGAUGAGCCGCCACGUCGGCCCUCCAGGCGGUGCGUCAAUCUCACGGAGCUGCUCAACGCCAGCGAGGCGACCAUCUACGAGUACAAUAAGCCGCAGCAGAGCCGAAGCUUUGCCGAUGGCGAGACGCAGACGGAGGGCGACUGCCAAGGCACCUGCCGCUGUGGUGCGGCGGCAACCGAAGGGACAGCUGGACCGGCACCACCGCCAGCACCAGCGCUUGCUGUGCCGCCUGCGCCGCCACCACCACCGCCGCCGCCUCUUUUUGCAGGCAACGCUGCUGCUGCACCGCCUCCGCCGCCGCCGCCGCCGCCACCCAUGCCUGGAAGUGGCGCACCGCCGCCGCCCCCGCCUCCGCCCAUGCCGCCGGGCAGUGGCGCACCGCCGCCACCGCCUCCGCCAGGAUUUGGUGGACCACCGCCGCCGCCCAUGCCAGGCCCGCCGCCUGGCAGUGGCGGUGCGCCGCCACCGCCGCCUCCGUCUAUGAUCUCACCCGCACCGCUGCCCGAUCCCGCUGAGGGCAAUUGGUUUCAUCGCACAAAUACGCUGCGUAAAAGUGCCGUUAACCCGCCAAAGCCCAUGCGUCCGCUUUAUUGGACGCGCAUCGUGACAAUGGCACCGCCCGUGCCGCGUCCCUCCUCGGUGGCCACUUCCACAGACAGCACAGACAAUGCGGAAAACUGCGGCAGCUCCCCAGACGAACCGGCCACGACGAGCGCCAGCGGCAGUGGCAGUGGGGCAUCCACGCCAGGCGCAAUAACACCAGUAGCACCAGCGCCAGUGCCAGUGCCAGUUGUGCCGCCGCCGACAAAGGAGAUUUGGACGGAGAUUGAGGAGACGCCGCUGGACAACAUUGAGGAGUUCACGGAGCUGUUCUCACGCCAGGCCAUUGUGCCGGUGAACAAGCCCAAGGAGGUGAAAAUGAAGCGAGCCAAGUCCAUCAAGGUGCUCGAUCAGGAGCGCUCCCGGAAGGUGGGCAUCAUCUCGCGCAGCCUGCACGUGCCCUCCAUCGAGAUUGAGCAUGCCAUCUACAAUCUGGACACAUCGGUGGUGAGUCUGGAGGCGUUGCAGCACUUGGGGCACAUCAAGGCCAGCGACGAGGAGCUGCACAAGAUCAAGGAUGCGGCAGGCGGUGAAAUACCGCUGGACACACCCGAGCAGUUCCUGCUGGACAUAUCACUCAUCUCGAUGGCCAGCGAACGAAUCUCGUGCAUUGUGUUCCAGGCCGAGUUCGAGGAGUCGCUGACACAGCAGCUGCGCAAGCUGGAGACCAUACAGCAGCUGUCGCAGCAGCUGAUCGAGAGCGAGGACCUCAAGUUGGUCUUCUCCAUUAUCCUGACGCUGGGCAACUACAUGAACGGCGGCAAUCGGCAGCGCGGCCAGGCGGAUGGCUUCAAUCUGGACAUACUCGGCAAACUGAAGGAUGUCAAGUCCAAGGAGCGGCAGACCACACUGCUGCACUUCAUAGUGCGCACCUACAUUGCCCAGCGGCGGAAGGAGGGUGUCCAUCCGCUGGACAUUCGUCUGCCCAUACCCGAGCCGGCGGAUGUGGAGCGAGCGGCACAGAUCAAGUUUGAAGAUGUCGAGACGCAUACCAACGAGCUGAAAAAGAAAUUUAUGGUUUUCAAGCGAACCACGGCCAAGGUACUGGCUGCCUCCAGUGAGGACAUUAUGGAGCCCUUCAAGUCCAAAAUGGAGGAGUUCACAGACAGUGCUGACAUGUCGAUGGCCAAGCUGGAUCGCAUGCUGGCCGAUGGCCGGGAACUGUUCCUGGAGACAAUGCGCUUCUAUCAUUACUCGCCGGAGACGCAGACCCUGGAGGAUUGCACGCCCGAUCAGUUCUUCGAGUGCUGGACACAUUUCACCAAUGACUUUAAGGACAUUUGGCGCAAGGAGAUCGAGAAUCUUAUAAAUGAAUUGAAAAAGAAAUCAAAACAGGUGCAAAUCGAAUCGCGUCGCAAUGUCUCCACGAAGGUGGAAAAGAACGGGCGGCUCUCGCUCAAGGAGCGAAUGGUGAUGCGACGCAGCAAAAACUAGUUCCAGCUGCGCUGCUCUGAUGCUAUUGCUAAGCAAAGUUCAUCUCGUUAAAUGGCAGCAUUACUGCGCUUAUUGUUAAGUUAUAUUUUAUUAUUAAAUUAAACUAAAGACAAAAUUAUACA